AUGAUAUCACUAUGCAUAUCUCCAAUACUUGAAGACUGUAAACAGGAGAUCGUAACUGACGCGGCUAUUUGUGUGCAAAAUAAAAUGCCCAAGGACAUUCCUACGGACACCGCAGUGCCUGGUGAAUAUACCUGUUGCGAUAUAUAUUUGACUUUUUUCUGUGUGUUGGAGGCUAAACACGAUAAAUGUGAGACUAAAGAGUACGACGAAUACAUGAAUAGUAUAAAAGUCGCGAAAUCCGAAAGUGACAAAUUAAUUUAA